AUGAUCGCCGUCCACCCCGACGGGAAGAUAAUGGUCAGACGAUGCCUGGUCACCCUGAGACCCUUCCGGCUCUUUGUCCUGGGCAUCGGGUUCUUCACUCUCUGCUUCCUGAUGACGUCUCUGGGAGGCCAGUUCUCCACCCGGCGCCUGGGAGAUUCCCCCUUCACCAUCCGUACAGAAGUGCCCGGCGGCCCCGAGUCCCGCGGCGUCCUCCGCAAGAUGAGCGAGCUGCUGGAGCUGAUGGCCAGGCGCGUGGACGCGCUGGCCCGGCUGGGGAACGGCAGCGAGCCGCAGCGAGCCGGCGAGGCGUGCGCGGCCGCGGACAGGCUGCCUGCUGGGGCGGGCCUCAUGGAACGGAUCCAGGCCAUCGCCCAGAAUGUGUCUGACAUUGCCGUGAAGGUGGACCAGAUUCUGCGCCACAGCCUGCUCCUGCACACCAAGGUGUCGGAAGGCCGGCGGGACCAGUGCGAGGCACCCAGCGACCCCAAGUUCCCUGACUGCUCCGGGAAGGUGGAGUGGAUGCGGGCCCGCUGGACCUCGGACCCCUGCUACGCCUUCUUCGGGGUGGACGGCACCGAGUGCUCCUUCCUCAUCUACCUCAGCGAGGUCGAGUGGUUUUGCCCCCCGCUGCCCUGGAGGAAUCAGACGGCUGCCCGCAGGGCCCCCAAGCCCCUCCCCAGAGUCCAGGCAGUCUUCCGGAGCAACCUGUCCCAUCUCUUGGAGCUGAUGGGCAGCGGGAAGGAGUCCCUGAUCUUCAUGAAGAAGCGGACCAGGCGGCUCACCAGCCAGUGGGCCGCAGCUGCUCAGCGCCUCACACGGAAGCUGGCGGGCACCCAGAGGGACCAGAAGCAGGUCCUGGUCCACAUCGGCUUCCUGACGGAGGAGUCGGGGGACGUGUUCAGCCCGCGGGUGCUGAAAGGGGGGCCGCUGGGGGAGAUGGUGCAGUGGGCCGACAUUCUAGCUGCGCUCUACGUGCUGGGCCACAGCCUGCGGAUCACGGUGUCCCUGAAGGAACUGCAGAGUAACUUAGGGGUACCGCCAGGCCGGGGGAGCUGCCCGCUCACCAUGCCACUGCCCUUCGACCUCAUCUACACCGAUUACCACGGCCUGCAGCAGAUGAAGCAGCACAUGGGGCUCUCCUUCAAGAAGUACCGGUGCCGGAUCCGGGUCAUUGACACCUUCGGAACGGAGCCAGCGUACAAUCACGAGGAGUAUGCGACGCUGCACGGCUACCGGACCAACUGGGGCUACUGGAACCUGAACCCCAAGCAGUUUAUGACCAUGUUCCCGCACACCCCGGACAACUCCUUCAUGGGCUUCGUGUCAGAGGAGCUCAACGAGACCGAGAAGCAGCUCAUCAAAGGCGGCAAGGCCAGCAACAUGGCCGUGGUGUAUGGCAAGGAGGCCAGUAUCUGGAAGCUACAGGGGAAGGAGAAAUUCCUAAACAUCCUCAACAAGUACAUGGAGGUCCAUGGCACUGUGUACUACGACAGCCAGCGGCCGCCCGAGGUCCCGGCCUUCGUGAAGAACCACGGCCUCCUGCCACAGCCGGAGUUCCAGCAGCUGCUGCGCAAGGCCAAACUUUUCAUAGGGUUCGGCUUCCCUUACGAGGGCCCAGCUCCCCUGGAGGCCAUCGCCAAUGGCUGCAUCUUCCUGCAGUCCCGGUUCAGCCCUCCGCACAGCUCCCUCAACCAUGAGUUCUUUCGAGGCAAACCCACCUCCAGGGAGGUCUUCUCCCAGCAUCCCUACGCAGAGAACUUCAUCGGCAAGCCCCACGUGUGGACCGUGGAUUACAACAACUCGGAGGAGUUUGAAGCGGCCAUCAAGGCCAUCAUGAAGACCCAGGUAGACCCCUACCUGCCCUAUGAGUACACCUGCCAGGGAAUGCUGGAGCGGAUCCACGCCUACAUCCAGCACCAGGACUUUUGUGCAGCCCCUGCCCCUGCUUCUCCAGGGUCCCACCCUGCACAGAGCCUCUUUGUGCUGGCCCCCAAUGCCACUCACCUCGAGUGGGCCCUGAAUGCCAGCUCAGUCUCCGGGGCCUGGCCCCCUCCACACUCUCUACGUGCCUGGCUGGCCGCUCCCGGGAAAGCCUGCACCGAUGCCUGCCUGGACCAUGGGCUGAUCUGCGAGCCCUCCUUCUUCCCCUUCCUCAACAGCCAGGAAGCCUUCCUCAAGCUGCAGGUGCCCUGCGACAGCACGGAGAGCGAGAUGCACCACCUGUACCCAGCCCUGGCCCAGCCCGGCCAGGAGUGCUACCUGCAGAAGGAGCCGCUGCUCUUCAGCUGCGCGGGCGCCAGCACCAAGUACGAGCGGCUCUGCCCCUGCCGAGACUUCCUCAAGGGCCAGGUGGCCUUGUGCCAGGGCUGCCUGUGAGGCCUCCAGGAUCUACCUGCCUGCGCCGCCCAGGGUCGCGGGAAAAGCACCAGCACCUUCCAAGCU